AUGACACCUAAGCGGAUUCCAUAUGAGGCCGUGAUCUGUAGUGUUGAAGAGGCAAUAUCACGUAACAAGGUUCCGUCUAGGGAUGCGGAGGUACUUAGACAGGAUGUUGCGGUUAUUUUGCGGAAGGCGACAUUACCCAAGAGUAACGUGACUACGGAAGAACGUUUAGCUCUGAAGAACCUGAGAGCGAAUGAGAAUAUCCUGGUUCUAAAGGCGGAUAAAGGGAACGCCACGGUGGUCAUGGACUCGACAGAUUACGACGACAAAAUUCGGCUUUUACUGAAUGAUACGAAUGUGUAUAAGCCCGUUUCAUAUGACCCUACUGCCAGAGUUACGCGCCGGAUAAGGGCUGUCAUUAGGGACUACAGGGAGUUGUUCCAGGAUGAUGUCUUUGACCGUUUACACAGGCCUAGAAUAGUGCAAUCGCCGAAAUUGUAUGGGCUGCCGAAGGUACACAAAGCUAACGUGCCCUUGCGACCAAUCGUAAGUCAAAUCGCCUCACCUACUUACGACCUGGCAAAGCAUGUAGCAUCGGUGUUGCAGCCGCUUGUGGGUAAAACGUCGUCCUUUGUGAAAGACUCUCGUCACUUUGUGGACAUUCUGAAGGAUGUUAAGCUGGAACCAGAUGACAUAAUGGUGAGUUUUGAUGUCGAGUCGCUUUUCACCAAUGUUCCAGUUAAGGAAUGUCUUGAGGUAGUUAGGACAAGGCUAGCUGACAAUGAGAUACUGGAGUCGGUCAUGGUGUUAUUGCGAAACUGUCUAGAAGGGAGCUACUUUUUAUAUCGACAAAAGCAUUAUCUCCAGAUUGACGGAGUUGCUAUGGGCAGCCCGGUGGCGCCGGUUUUAGCAAAUAUCUGGAUGGAGCAUUUUGAGGCAAACAUAGACCUGCAACCAUGGGCAGUGAAGUUAUGGAAGCGGUAUGUCGAUGAUGUCUUUUGUAUCAUGAAGGGUGGCAAGCAAGAAGUUGAGCAUUUACUCCAGUAUCUCAAUUCCAUUCAUCAGAAGGUGAAAUUUACGUAUGAAUUGGAAUCAGAUCGAAGUUUGCCUUUUCUGGACAUAAAAGUGAUAGGUCGGAUGGAUGGAUCCUUGGCGCACACUGUCUACAGGAAGCCUACUCACACAGAUAGAUACCUCAAUGCUCAGUCUCACCACCACCCUCGUCACCUACUGUCCGUCGUUAAUUCCCUAAAGAACAGAGCACAUGACCUUUGUGACCCUGAAUUUUUAGAGAGCGAACUACCAGCGAGUCGUGUCAUCACGCACGCACACAACGACAACUGCAUUGAGCAUGCUCAAUGA